AUAUAAUUAUUUUAUUUUUAGUUGGACAUAAUUUCUCUUCUGCCUGCUGACUUGAUAUGUCUAACACCAGGGUUAACUUCAGAAAUGUUACCUUUGAUGAGACUAAAUCGAAUAAUUAAGAUUCAGACGUUUUGGGAAUUCUUCGACCAUUUUGAUAGCGUUUUAUCAUCGCCGUACGUAGUCCGAGUAACAAGAACAUUGACGUACAUGGUAUACUUAGUGCAUUUAAAUGCGUGUGCGUAUUACUAUGUUUCGGUUAAAGAAGGACUUGCUACGAACAACUGGGUUUUCAACGGUCAGGGGAACGCGUAAGUACAACUUUAACAAAAUAUAAUUUUACAUUAAAGGUCUGUAAUCAAAUUGAUACUUGCUACAGUCAUGUUACAAGGGUGGGUUUAAGAGUGUUACACUUAGAGCAUUAAUGUUUUAUUUUUUUUAAUAUUUAUAAUCUAAAAAGUAUAUUAGGUAUAUAGAUAGGGGAGACUGGGUACAAUUGCAACAUGCUACAAUUGUAACACGGGUAAUAAGUUAUUCAAUAAUCAAUAUAAAAAUCUCAAACAAAUUUAGCAGUUGGGCCAUCUGUAUAACGACCGAUGUUUCCU